AUGACUGAUUUGGAAACAAUUACAAAAACUUCUCAACAUCUUAUUACCACUCCAUUGGAAACAAACGGCACUACCUGCUGUUCACAUUCACGAGAUCGUGCAGAACGAGUUGCUCGUCUUAAAAAAUAUAGUGAAGAAUUGGAAGUUAUAAAGGUUCGAUUAAUUAAUGAUUGGUUAUGUUGGUCAAUUUUUAAUCUAAUCUGUGGAGGAAGUGUAAUGAGUUUCAUUACAGUCGCUCUUUCGAUUAUUUGUCGAAGUAAAAAAUCAACCAAUGAUUAUGAAAAUGCUCAAUUGACGAGCAAAUUGGCAUUAAUUUUCAAUUUUUUUAUUACAAUUGGAACAAUUAUUGGAUGGAUUAUGUUAUAUUUUCUAAUUAUGGAUACAGAUAAAAGAACUGUACAACUUGUCAAUGAUAUUAAAAAAAUUUUCUAA